AUGGCGGAUGAGAAGAUCGACGCCGGUUUGGAGGAGAUCCGAAAGGGCUCCAUCGUGGCAUCCAUUGAUCUCAACAAGAACCUUGACGCGAAGGUGGCCAACCCACUCGCAGAUGUGGCCGAUGAUGAUCUAAUGGCAGAUGUCGAGCAUUUUGCAGAGACCAAAGGACUACAAAGUGAAUUGGAUCUUCUCAAAAAGGGAGCUCUUGUCGCAAAGGAUCCCAACAACUUCGAUGCCUUGGAAAUUCUUUCACAAGAGGAGAAGGACGCCCUUCGCUUUGAGAUUGACCACAAAUGGAAGCAUCCCUGGCCUCUCUACUUUACAAUCGUUGUAUGUUCCAUCGGUGCAGCAGUCCAAGGCUGGGAUCAGACUGGUUCCAACGGAGCCAAUCUAUCCUUUCCUCUGGAAUUCGGCAUUGGAAAUGGCGAGACUCCAGGCGCUCCCAACCACAAAAGGGAUCAAUGGCUGGUUGGUCUCGUCAACGCUGGACCUUAUAUUGGUGCUUCUUUUAUUGGAUGCUGGUUGGGUGAUCCCAUCAACAACUACAUUGGACGCCGUGGGACAAUUUUCAUCUCUGGGGUAUUUUGUCUUCUUACUCCUAUUGGUGGUGCUGUCAGCCAGUCGUGGGAGGAGCUCUUCAUCACUCGUAUUCUCAUGGGAAUCGGUAUGGGGUUGAAAGGGGCUUCGGUACCUGUGUUUGCUGCCGAGAACUCACCUGCAAGGAUUCGCGGAGCGCUUGUGAUGUCCUGGCAGAUGUGGACCGCUUUUGGGAUCUUCCUCGGUUUUUGCGCGAAUCUGGCCGUUUACGAUGUUGGAUCCAUUGCUUGGAGACUACAAAUCGGAUCAGCGUUUAUUCCUGCAGUCCCUCUUACCAUUGGAAUCUACUUCUGCCCAGAAUCUCCAAGAUGGCUGAUGAAGAAGAACCGCUACCAAAAGGCAUACAGAUCUUUGCUGAAGCUUCGACACCACCCACUCCAAGCAGCUCGCGAUAUCUACUACAUCCAUUGUCAGCUCGAGCUUGAGGCUAGGAUUGUUGGGAAGAACAACUACCUCACCCGCUUCGGACAGCUCUUCACCAUUCCUCGCGUUCGCCGUGCAACACUCGCUAGUUUCACUGUGAUGAUCGCCCAGCAGAUGUGCGGAAUCRACAUCAUCGCCUUUUACUCCUCUACUGUCUUUGUGAAAGCUGGUGCAAGCCAGAGAAACGCAUUGAUAGCUUCCUUUGGUUUCGGACUUGUAAACUUCGUCUUCGCAUGGCCUGCAAUCUGGACCAUCGACACCUUUGGACGCCGAUCUCUACUCCUAUUCACCUUUCCCAACAUGGCAUGGACUCUCCUCGCCGCAGGCCUAUCCUUUUUAAUUCCAGAAAAGAACCCAGCGCAUCUCGGCCUAAUCGCGACAUUCAUCUACCUCUUCGCGGCCUUUUACUCUCCAGGUGAAGGUCCAGUUCCAUUCACCUACAGUGCCGAAGUCUUCCCACUCUCCCACAGAGAAGUCGGUAUGGGCUGGGCGGUCGCGACCUGCUUCUUCUGGUCCUCCGUCCUCUCCAUUACUUUUCCAGCAGUCCUAGCUGCGUUUGGAGAAGUGGGAGCUUUUGGAUUAUAUGCUGGAUUGAACGUUGCUGCUUUCAUUAUGAUUUUCCUUUUCAUGCCUGAAACCAAACAGAGGACUCUGGAAGAAUUGGAUCAGGUUUUCGCUGUGCCUGGAACUAAGUUUAUUCAAUAUCAGACUACCAAGGCUGCUCCUUACUGGUUCAAUAGAUGGGUACUGAUGAACAAGUCUGCAAAGCUUGAACCAUUGUAUCAUUUUGAUAGCCACCUCCAGGCUACCCCUAAUGAGAAGGUUGGCAGCGAGAGCGAGUGA